GAAAUGUGACUUCUGUUGAAUCUGUUACUCCUAUCAUGAGGUCUCCUGUGAGAACAAAUAGAAGCAGAAGCAGAAGUGAAGAACGAACCGAAUCUUUGGUCAACUUUGAUCUAUUGGAAAGAAGUAGAAGACUGGAGAAUAGUAAAUCCACUGACCAAGAUCGUAAAAUUAUGCAGUUGGAAGAUACUGUGGAUUUGUUACAAGAUCAAGAUCUUAAGUUCGAAGACUUUGAGAAUAGUUUGGAUAUGUUGCAGGAGCAGGUCGAUUGGGAAGAAAGAAAUGUAUCAGAAUCUUUAUCUGCUGCACAACAAAAAACAGCUAAAAAAGCUCCUGCGAGUAAUAAGGUGUAUCAAGUUUUUGAAAAUAACUAUGAAAGAAAAAAGGCACUUUGUAUCUAG